UCCACCGCUCUUCUGAAGUCAAUCUAAUUCUCCGGUUGGAACGUUAUUCAAGAUGUAUGUUAACAUUAUAAAGAUUGAUUCAGUACAUCAUUUGACAUGUUUUUACUGACUGUUACGUAACUUUUGGACAUAUCGUCACGUUAUAGUGGAGGCGCUUUGUGACUUUGGAAUUGUUUACCAAAGGCGCUAACCAAAGUAGCUAAUUGGACAAAAAUAACGGCCAUUAUCGAACAAAUCAAGCAUUUAUUGUGGACCUGGGAUUCCUAGGACUGCAUUCUGAUGAAGUUCAAAGUGCCAGGAUGUCCAGUGAGUUGCAGCCCAGCUCGAGGCCAGAAGACAGUCCCAACACAAGUGGAGGCAGCUGGGACGCGGAGCAGAGAGAGGUGGCCCUUCCGGGUCAGGAGCAGGGUCAGGAGCGAGAUCAGACAACGCCCAAGAAGAAAGAGGCCAAGAUAUCCAGCAAGACCGCUGCCAAGCUCUCCACCAGCGCCAAGAGGAUUCAGAAGGAGCUGGCUGAGAUAACCUUGGACCCGCCACCUAACUGCAGUGCGGGUCCAAAAGGAGACAACAUCUAUGAGUGGAGAUCCACCAUCCUGGGACCACCAGGCUCUGUGUACGAGGGAGGAGUCUUCUUCCUAGAUAUCGCAUUCACACCAGACUACCCCUUCAAACCACCCAAGGUGACGUUCCGUACCAGGAUCUACCACUGUAACAUCAACAGUCAGGGUGUGAUCUGUCUGGACAUCCUGAAGGACAACUGGAGCCCCGCCCUCACCAUCUCCAAGGUGCUGCUGUCCAUCUGCUCCCUGCUCACUGACUGCAACCCUGCUGACCCUCUGGUAGGAAGCAUCGCCACCCAGUACACGACCAACAGACCAGAGCACGACAGGAUAGCCAAACAGUGGACCAAGAGAUACGCCACAUAGACUGACAUCAAGGAGCUCCACCACCCUUCUCUGACCCACCUCCGCCACCCAAAAUCUGUUGAGCACACCCAUCCCUCGCCCCUCCGCUCCUAGACUGGUCCCAAAUCUGUUGAGCACACCCAUCCCUCGCCCCUCCGCUCCUAGACUGGUCCCAAAUCUGUUGAGCACACCCAUCCCUCGCCCCUCCGCUCCUAGACUGGUCCCAAACCUGUUGAGCACACCCAUCCCUCGCCCCUCUGCUCCUAGACUGGUCCCAAAUCUGUUGAGCACACCCAUCCCUCGCCCCUCCGCUCCUAGACUGGUCCCAAACCUGUUUGUGCUGUAUAGCCAACUCCUAUGGUCAUUGCAUGCCAAACAAUUCAUUAAUAAUGGCAUGUUUGGCAUGACAAUGACAUUUACAUUUUAGUCAUUUAGUAGACACCCUUAUCCAGAGCGACUUAGUUAGACCAUAGUAGUUGGCUAUACAGCACAAACAGAUUUGGGACAAAGCUACUUGCCCCUCUCUCUGAGCCCCAAAUGUGUGGAAGCACACCCACCUGACCUGAUCCCCCCUCCUCAUCACAGGCGGCUGGUGGCACUUUUAUUGGGGAGGACGGGCUCAUAGUAAUGACUGGAACGAGUAAAUAGAAAUGCAUCAAACCCAUGGGUUCCAUGUGUGUUAAUGCCAUUCCAUUUACACCCUUCCAGAUAUUAUAAGCCGUCCUCCCCUCACCAGCCUCCUGUGCUCCUCACACCUUCAGUUCACCCCCACUCCCCCUCCUCUGAGAACAUGAACUUGAUCGCUUCUUUUUUUUUUAUACAAAUAGUAUAUUGGAUUUUUUUCCCCAAUACACUGAAUGUUGAUAUGGUCACGAAAAGCUUUAAUACUGUUAUUCUUGUUGUUGUUAUUGUUUGUUGUUGUUAUUAUUACUACAUUGUUUAUUGCAUUAUCAUCGUAGGCCCUUUUUAUGUGAUUGAUGAAAAAUGCAUUCUAUUCUAGAGCAUUCUAGAUACAUUCUAUUGAUACAGUCCAUGCUGAGCGUUUUUGUUUAAGAGGUCAUCUUCAGUUAGAGCCUGUCUGCAGAAUUAGUGUUUACAGAUGCAGAGUGGACCUUUUUCUAUGAUUUAAUCAUUUGUUGUUAUUAUUUUUCUGCCCCCAGAAGUUAUUGCCAUGACAGUAAGUCUGUCUGGAUCUGUGUGUAGCUGGUCUUGCUGCUCACCUCCUGUGGUGCUAGUCAGCUGGCAGUGGUUUGCUGUACAUUUGCCUUGUGAGAAUACAUACUUAUUGAAUACUCAAUUAAACACUGGUUGUAAUGUUAA